CUGUGUGUGGCUGCUCUGCAGCAGUGUCCGUGUUGGAGGCAGUGCUGUGAUGGAGUCUGCAGUCUCUGCUGUUUUCCAAGGACUUCCCUGGUACCUGUUGGUACUGGUGUUGCUGGCUUCAACCCAGGUCCAUUUAAUGUGCCCUCUAAGCUGUCGUUUUACUGCCGCCUGGCACAGAGCGUUUGGCAAGCGGUGCCUUCAGCUCAACAAAGUCGCUCCACGAGCCAGUCACGCCUCAGACAGCACCAGAGCUCCUGGGCAGCAGCAACAGUCGCCGUCGUCUCCUUUUCCUUGACAGCCAUGUCCCUCUCGCACACAGCUGCAGAGUACAUGCUCUCCGAUGCUCUCCUCCCAGAUCCCGGUGGUUCCCGAGCCAAGGGGCUGCGCCUGGAGCUACCAAGCGAUCGCCUGCUGAAGUUCAUCACUGUGGGGCUGCCCCUCUUCCUUGUCUCGCUCGCUUUCGCCCGGGAGUUCUCUGCUGGCUCACAGAUCAGCUGCUUCUCUCCCACCAACUUCACGGGGAAGCAGUCUGCCUACGUUGACACAGCUUGCUGGGACUCUCUCGUCCACCAUGGCUUUGACACUGAGGGUCACGCUGUCACCAAGUCCCUCUGGGCUCUCAAGGUCUUCCCCUACUCACUGCUGGUGGUGGCAGUGCUCAUGUACCUGCCAUACCUGCUCUGGCGUUAUGCAGCUGCUCCUGCCCUCCACUCUGACCUCCUCUUCAUCAUCGAUGAGCUGGACAAAUCCUACAACCGCUCUGUGCGCCUGGUGCAGCACAUGAGGAAGGUGCAGCAGGCCAGCGCCGAGCCAGAGCGGUUCUGGGAGGAAUAUGAGAGGGCCCGCCAGGAGAGGUAUUUUGAGUUCCCGUUGCUGGAGCGCUACCUCACCUGCAAGCAGCACGCCCACUCCCUGGUGUUCAUCUACAUCCUGCGGAACCUGCUGCUGCUUUUGUUCUUGGCUGCCACCUGCCUCUACCUCAUCUUCCUCCACCUCAACAUCUUCUUCCAGGAUGAGUUCAGCUGCUCCAUCAAAUCGGGGCUGCUCGAGGCAGAGCCCCACAUCCCCCCACUCAUCCCCUGCAAGCUGGUUUUCUUCUCCAUCUUCCAGCUCAUCAGCCUCUCAGUCGGUGGUGUCUAUGUCCUCCUCAUACCCAUUGUUAUCUACAAUGCCCUGCAGCUCUGCCAGUGGGACAAGGGGCUGCUCUCCAUCUAUGAGAUGCUGCCUGCCUUCGACCUCCUCAGCCGCAAGAUGCUCACCUGCCCCAUCAAUGACCUCAAUGUCAUCCUCCUCUUCCUCCGGGCCAACAUCUCUGAGCUGACCUCCUUCAGCCGCCUCAACGCUGUCAGCGCCUUGCGGGACACCACCGCCAACAAGCAGGACAUCGAUACCGUCGUCGACUUCAUGACGCUGCUGGCCGGGCUGGAGACCACCAAGCCCAAACCCCACGUGUGCACCCCUGAUGCUGACAGCAGCAUGGCCCUCUCCAAUGGCAGGGCUCCAGGUAAGCUCUUCUGGGAGAGAAGAUGUCUUUACUCUCCUUGUGGCUCUUCUGUGGCCAGAUCUCACCCUGGGGGUGAGGCUGGAUCCGUCCAUUGUGGCCUUAAGCCCUUUGCAAAGACUGUAAGGGUUUGGGGGGGUUUGGGGACACUGGGAGGGCCAGCAGCUCUGUUUACAGCUGGGUAUGGGUUCUGGCAGCCAGGACACGAUGCUGCCCUGAGCCCACUUGUGGGCAGGAGUUGCUAUAGGAACAGAAGGCAGAGAGAUCGAGGCUUCCACCCAAGUUCUGGGCAAACUGGGGGGUCGGGGGGGCUCCUGGUUUUGGCAGAGAGAGCAGCCCCUGUGCUGGGGAGUGGGGUUGGGAGCUUUAAAUCCUGGGGGUCUGAUGCCUGCUCCCUUCUCUGGUCAGCACGGCCCUGGGGGGCUCAGCGUGGCUGCCUGGGGAAAUGGGGGAGGGGUCUCUGAGGCAGAGCUGCAUCCCUUGGGGCCUCCACGUACCCUCCCCUAGCACCACAGCUCCCUUUCCUGCAUGCUUUGGGUUUUGGGGAGCCGGGGGUGCUUCCUUUGCAGGCUUACAGGGAUCCCUGACCUGGCAGGGUGGGAGCCAGGAUGUCUGGGCUCCUUUCCUGGCCCCCAAAACAGUGGCUGAGGGCUGCGGUUUAAAAGAAAACACAAUUGAACUGUAUUUAGCAUCCUCGUUGGCAUGGCAACCGCAGGGUUAGCACAACUGGCUCUCAGGCUAGUCACACUCGUGGAGAAAGCCUAAGAUCCCAGUUUGCGAUUGCCCAGUUAAUGAACUUCCUCCUGCUCUCCACUUGCCCAGGAAUGAGGCCUGGAGUAGAAGCGAUGGGAAAAGCCUCCCGGGACUCACUGGGCUCUGCCUGACCCUGGCGGCUGCAGCACAGGCCCCACUGCUCUGAGGGGAUCCAGCGGGACCCAGUUCCUUGUUGCCAGCAGUUGCUGGAGCGCAUUAAACUCUAGUUUGGAUACAGCCUGGGGGGUGACAUCUGUAAUGCGACAGAGCUCACCUACUCUCGUCC